GUCCAAAACGGCGAGGUAUGGUAUGGGUGAGUGUGGCAGCGUGUUCCCGGAUAAACUCCAGUUGACUGUUGACCCCUUCCUCCUCCUCCUCUCUCCCGCCCCGGUUAACCCACGCCGGCCACUCUGCCGCCGCCCAGCUCGAACCACGCAACCACCACUAGAAGCUCCCCUCCAUAUCCAUCCUCCAGUCGCCACUUUGACUCAUCGCGGUAAAUCCCAACAGUGACAAGGGCCAGCAUUAAUAUCGGCAAAUGGAGUAGUUGACUGACAAUAAUGACCGCUCCAGCCUUGCGGACGGAUUACUGAUCACUGAUGGCUGAUUAAGAAGAAGAAGAAAAAGACAUCAGAGGAGCGUUUUUAUUCUUUGUUUAAUUUCGCGGGCGCAGCGUCGGAGAGAGGUUUAUGGGAUCCAGGAAGGAGAGCUACGAGUUAAUUUUCUUUUACCGGCGAAAUCUGUGUUGACGAGGACAGUUCCAAGUUCCGCCUCCGCCUACCCUCUCCAGGUCCUGACAAAGGAGAGUAAUUGAUGGAUUUGAGCAGCGGUGAAAUUUAAAGCUGUCGAUAAGGUUGCUUGUUGCAGAGGAAUUAAUUAUUUAAUCUCCUGUUGCUGCAGGAAGCUGAGUUAUUAGCGUCCAUGGCGAUGGCGAUGAGGCGGUUGCAGUAUAUAUGGGAAUGGCGGAUCUGGAAGAGGUGAACGGAAGAGGAAGAGAAGAUUAGAUAAUUGAGGCGCAGCGUAGUGGAGGAGGGAAGCGCUGCAGGGAGAGAGGAAUGGGAACGGGAGGGUGGCGGAGAGCUUUCUGCAAGGCGGUCCGGCGGGAAGCGCCGGAAGCGAUGGCGGCGGAGGAGGCCGCCGCGACCCUCAGUCAUGGCCCCAGUCCGAGGAGCUGCGCCAAGCUUGGAUUUUUAUCCGGCGGAAGAGGAGGCAGCAACCCGCCCACGCCGCGGAUGGCGACGCCGGAGCUAGGUGACCCGCCGGCCGCUGCGCACGCGUCGGACAGCUCCACUCCUCGGAGUCGCAGUCCAGCGCUGUUUCAUAGGAAGGCCUUCUCCACCCCUUCGUCUCCGAGAUCGCCUUCCAAAUUUGCUUUCUUCAAGAACCUAUCGAAGAGUCGAUGCCGGAUUUGUUCGCAGAGCCUGAAGGCGAGCCAAGAAAUGCCGGUGUUUACGGCGGAGUGUUCCCACGCCUUCCACUUCCCCUGCAUCGCCGCCCACGUUAGAAGCCACGGGGGCCUCGCGUGCCCUGUGUGCUCCGCCGCCUGGCGCCAGGCGCCCUUCCUUUCCGCCGUGCAUCGCCGUGAGGAACGUACGGAGCCAAGAAUGGCCGGCGAGGCGGAGAACCAGAAUCCGAAUCGGAGAAGCUCCGGCGUCGGCAGAAGUGGCACCGUCAAAGGCAGCAGAGUCGCCGUCGCGGAUGCGUCUUCCGCCAAGGUCUACCACGACGACGAGCCAUUGCUCCUUGCGCCGAAGACAAACCAAGCAGGCGGUGGGCGCUUUAAUCCCAUACCGGAAGCUGCCGACGAGGACGACAAGAACGAGGAAAGUGGCGACCAAGGCGAGCUCCAUGGUCUCCUUCAGUCAACGCCGAAAUCGCGGGUCGGCGGCGUCCAUGUGAUCGUUAUGCCGCAGGCGGCCCUGCUGUCCGAAGGGCGGCGCCACCGGAACUACGUGGUGGCGAUCAAGGUAAAAGCGCCGCCGUUGCGGUCUGCGCCUCUUCUCUAUCAGACCCGCGGCCGCGCCCCGGUCGACUUGGUGACGGUUCUGGACGUGAGUCAGGGCAUGACGGGAGAGAAGCUCCAGAUGCUGAAGCGUGCGAUGCUGCUGGUUGUGUCGUCGUUGGCCCCCGCCGAUCGGCUGUCCAUGGUGGCCUUUUCGGCAUCGGUGGGCGCCAAGAGGCUUCUUCCUCUCCGGCGGAUGUCGAGGCAGGGCCAGCGCGCCGCACGGCAGAUCGUCGAGCGACUCGUCGUAGUGGGCGGCGAGAUCGGAGCUGCCACCACUGUCGGCGACGCCCUCAGGAAGGCUACGAAGGUGCUGGAAGAUCGCCGGGAGCGCAACCCGGUGGCCACCAUCAUGCUCCUCUCCGACGCCGGGCAGCAGCAGCACCUCUGCGAGCAAGGACAGUCCAAUGAAAGCAACAUCCACAUUAGCGACGAAACCGGCGGCACCGGCUUCGGCGAUCUCCGGCCUCAUUCACUGUCGACAACCACCACAGCUGUCGCCACCACGCGCUUCGCACAUCUGGAAAUCCCCCUCGAAGAUGCAGACGGAGCAGAGGACGCACUGCAGAGGAGCCAAGGGCCGUCGGAGGACGCUUUCAUCAAGUGCGUCGGCGGCCUCGUGUCGGUGGUGAUGCAGGACGUCCGCCUCCAACUAAUGUUCCUGUCAGGCGAAAUCUGCGCCGUGUACCCCACCAGCGGCGGUUGCGGCGACGUGGUUAUUGGCUCAGGGAGCUCUGUUCUCCGCAUGGGGGAUCUCUACGCAGAGGAGGAGAGAGAGCUUCUGGUCGAGCUGCGAGUGCCCUUGCCAGCGAUGGCGGAGACAUCCAACAACCACCACCAGUUGACUGCCAAAUGCAACUACUGCGAUCCGACCACCCACGAGCUAUCAUUCGGAGACGAGCAGGUGCUUCCACUGCCGCCUCUCUGCCCGGAGCUCGGCGGAGGGUCCCUGAGGCUCCGCAACGUCUUUGUCUCAACCAGGGCGAUUGCAGAGUCGCGCCGCCUCGCGGAGCUCUCGGACUACAACACUGCCCACCACUUGCUCUCCUCCGCCCGCAUGUUGCUGCUUCAGUCGGCUUCCGAAGUCCAGGACCACCAUCUUGUCCGCAACCUGGACGCGGAGCUCGCCGAGCUACAGCAGCGCCGGCGCUGCCUGGCGCAUCACCAGAUUUACCAUGAUCAGCCGCAAGAGGAGGCGGCGCUCUCUCUGGCCGGGAGGCAGCGACGGAGGAGCGAAUCCCCUGCGGAGCCGCUGACCCCGACAUCGGCUUGGCGCGCCGCCGAGCAGCUGGCCAAGGUGGCCAUCAUGCGCAAGUCCAUGAACCGGGUCAGCGAUCUGCAUGGGUUCGAGAACGCCCGGUUUUAGAAAAAAGACCGAACCAAAUCCUUACAUUUAUAAAUCAUAAUUUCUUUUUUCCUUUUUCUUUUUGUAAACAUUAUUAGCAGAGAAGAAAAUUGGAAAACUUCAUGGAAUAUCAUUGUCAAAAUUGUGACUUUGUAAGUUACAAACAAUGGAAGAGAAGUGAAAACUUGUUCUUCUUUGCAUAAUAAAUAUUUAUAAGUUUUGAAUUU